AACGGCCCGAUAGCAAAAAACUGGGAUAUCCUUGCAUUUCAAGAGGCCUGCGAGGACCGCCUUCGCAACACGAAAUCUAACCGACAGUGGCACACCCUAUACCCAACACAGCACUAUACCCACCCCGAGCAGAAAACGCGGGCCGUCAUGCUCAUCAGCACCUCACUCAACACCAACGACUGGCAACAAAUCUCUUUCCCCUCAUCUGAUGUCGUGGUCGUCCAACUAUCGGGACCAUUCGGCAAAUGCACAAUCUUUAAUAUUUAUAACGAUGGAAAACGACAGGACACCAUCCACGCCCUA